GCCCAUCAGUCCAUUACCUUUGUGGUGUGACGUCUGUAUAGCAAGUUCAUACAAGUUGGAGGAAUCCAAUCUGCCAGAAAUAACAAGUGACCUUCCUGAUGCACCAGUUCCUGCCAAGUCUGGUGAAAUAAUAUCUCAAGAAAUAAUUUCCUCCUGUAUACCACCUAUGAGUGCCAAAAUCGAUAACAAUGUUUGCAGAAACUGCAAGUUGAGAGUGAUUGCACAAAAACCUGUAGACACCGUUUCAAAAACAGCACCAGGCAGUAGUUGUGGUUCAAGUGCAGGUGAUCCUCAAGAAAUAUGUACACCACCAGCAGUGCCCAAGGCUUUAGAUCGAGCUACGUCUGCUAUCAAGAGACCUGAUACUGCCAGCACUUGCUGGAAUGAUGAUUAUGAUUCUGAAGAAGAGUUGGAUGUAGAAGCACCAUUCUUCGACCAGUCCAAAUCAGCCCUGUUCCUCUACAUAGACAUGCACGGACAUGCCUCCAAACGUGGAAUCUUCAUGUAUGGCAAUCACAUUCGUUUCAAGUUAAAAUUAGGUGAAACCUCAAGUUGCAGCUAUGAUACUGGAGGUGGUGGUUCGUCCUCCAAUGAAACCACAGAUCCUAAUAUCACUGUCCACGAAUUGCCCAGAUUGAUGUCCGUUAACAGCCUGCAUUUCCAUUACGCUGCCUGUAAUUUCACAGAAAGGAAUAUGUAUGUCAAGGAUCGUAGAGAUGGUUCAAGUCGUGCAGGCAGUGGCAGAGUUGCAAUUUGGAAACAAACUGGUUUACUUCGUUCGUAUACUUUGGAAUGCAACUACAACACUGGACGAAUUGUUAAUACUUUACCACCGACCAGACAUCAACCUGAUAAAAGAAUCAAAGGCGGUGGUGUGCCUCCGAAGUAUGGACCAAAGGUGUUCGAAGAGGUUGGUCGUGCUCUCGGCCCAUCAAUCCUGGAUCUCACAGACAGCAAUCCCAGAUCUAGGUUAUCCAAUUCGGAGUUUCGCAAUAUGAGGGGAGUUCGAGAUUCUCUUUUCCGAGAUCUGGCCCUGGCAGAUAAGGGUUGUUCAGGCAAGACAUCAAGCCGCAAGCACAAGAACACCUCCAAACGCCUCAACAAAGACUCAUCUCAACAACAAUCCAAAAAGCACAAUGCCAUCUACUCCGCAGCAUCUCAACCGAGUUGCUCUAGGGACUUAACAGACUCUUUGGCACCAAUAAUCAGCGAAAACCCUAAAAAAUCGAUCUCCGACAAAUCAGCGCGAUCUCUUUUGCGCAAAAUCGGCGUGCGAACCACCAGAAGAGUUAAUAAACCCAGCAGCGCUGGCGGGAAUGGUAAAAAAUCCCUUAAGGUAAUGGAGAUACAACAUCAACAAUUAAACCAACACCACCAGCAGCAACAACAGACCUCCGAAACCAGCCUGGUAGCCGUGGCAUCAUCCUCAGACAAUAUUUCCUCAUCAUCCUCAGCAGGUUUGGUAAAAGAGCCUUCGGCCACCAUCCAUCACAGGAUCUCCAAAAAGUGCACCAAUUCGCGUAUUAAAAGGACAGCCGCCCGGUUUCGGAGAUGCUGGUGGUGUAGUUUUAAGGAAAACCAAGGCUGGUGUCUUGAAACGCAUCAGGGACCUAAGGGUCAAGAGGAAACCUGCAAGUUUAGAGAAUAUUUUUGUGGCUGGUGCUGCUUCGACUUCUGCAAAUGUUGCUCAUACCAGCGACAGCAGGGUUCACAGACCUCUAAGGGAUGGUAAAUUAGGGCCCAGGGGCCGAGGGUCACCUAGACGACUGAUGAUGAGGGGCUCUGCCAGCGACAAGAGAAAAAAGAGGAAAAGAAACUAGAUAAAGGACCCUUGAGGUAAAGGAUUCACAAGGAA